AUGCACCGUUUGCUCCGUUGCAGGAAACACGCAUCAGGGAUCGCUCUCUCAUCAGUAUCGGGAAUUACACCAUCUACUGCGGAGAUCGUCUGGAUGCGUCUUUGUACAAUUGCGGGAUCGCAGAAGACUCAAACUCUGGAUCGUGAGUGCUCACGCACCUACGGAGAGGAUCACAACAAGGACGCGUUUCAUGAUGAACUCAAUACGUUGAUAUCCAGGAUACCAAGCCAGCAAGCGGUGAUUGUCGAAAUUGACACAAAUGCUAAGAUGGGAUUUGAACAACAAUCCGAUGUGCUCGAGAAAUGGUUCUAUCACAUGGAGCAGACAUCGGACAACGGAAAUCGCCUGAUAGACCUUUGCAAAUGGACGACUUUCAUCAUUGCAUCCACGUUUAAAAGAAAUCAUCGACGCCAUCAGCUUACGUGGCAAGGGACAACGCAUUAA